GGGUCAGUUGGCAACAGACCUUCGAGGUGGUUGGAAGUGUUCGCGUUAUUCGUUCGAAUAUCGGCGAACCCGUUGAACUUCUCUCUCGUCAAAUUUUCGACGCGUAACCACGAUCGAAAUCAGGCAGAAUCGUUCCUGCACCGUGACAGAGGGACUUCAUUAGGGAGAGACGAAUUCGCGAGUGCGCCGAUAGUUCGAGAAAACCAUGGGGUUCGUCAGGAUCAUUUGACCCACGGGAACGACUCCAGGCUCGGUGGAUCGUGCUACCUCGCGUGAUACUUCAAAUCGGUAUGCACUGCCUAGGUGCGGUGACAGGAGGCAUUCCCAGCCCAAAUGGGGUUGGUGGUCGGGGUGGCAUUCUCAGCGUGUUCCGAGCCCUUGGAGUCCUUGUGUGCGAAGGGAGGAUUCAGGGCCCUCCACGUGGUUACAAAGAGGGCCCACACUGUGCAGCUCCUAUGCAACCAGCUCCCAACAACCACGUAUGCGAGGAAGAUAAUUAUCUGUGCAAUCGGUAUCUUGUGCUGGUCCGAGAGAUCGCAGACCGUAUCGCAAUCGGUUCGUCCUUGUGCAUCGAAGUAGUGUUGUGCAGCGAUUGUCCAUGUGGUUUGGCAAAGGCUACGAACCAGAAUCCGAUCUACCCCGUACCGUCCUUAUCGAUCUCACCAUGGCAACAAGCGUCGGAGAUGCUGCUCGAGUAUUGGUGUAUCUGUGCCGUUCCCAGCAAGAGUCCAGAGACCAUGAACUUCUAUGGAGUGUAUCAGGCAGUCCGUUCCCGGCUUCACUUCAGUCAGGUGGCUGCUUGGUGGUCCAGGAGCAAAGGCGUUGAACCAUGUUACAUCGCGACAAGAGUGGUGCCGCAUAACGACGAGAAUCUUAGAAAGUUCCGGGAUGCACCUGUGGAACACACGUUCCCUUUGGCUGGCAAUGGCGAUGGAAAUUCUAUAAAGGUCACCGUGUGGGCACAGCCGCGGAUGGAGGAGGUGCCGAUUCUCACCUGUCCGCUGCACCCGAUCAAAGAGAAAGACGAAGAGGGCGUCGCGAGGGCUUUAACACCGACCAAGGCUAUCCCGGUUCCCGGCGCUACGCAAAAUCCCGAAGGCCUCCUUUUGCCUGCUUUGGUGGACGACAGACUGCAGACGCCAUGCAACAAGCCAGGAAAGCAUCACUGCCCCUGCGAGGAAGAAGACGUGCCACCGCCAUCGGCUACGAUUCCGCGACAAAUUCGCGAGAAGAAACGUCGUCGAUCUCUUCCGUGUGGUCCCGUGGACGCGAACAGCUGCGUGUCGGUUCAGCCGAUGCCAUCGGUGCAGGAAACGGUGAUCCAGGAAUCGAAGGACAGUCAGAGCUCGAGUUAUCCAAAGUGCUCUGUCGAGAUCUCGAACAAUCGUGGCAUCAAGUCUGUCCAAAGUCAAAGCAGUAAGUACGAGGACUGCAGCAGCAUCAAGAAUCGAAACAAUUUGAAUUCUGACAACUUGGAGCGGUACUUCAAGACCCAGUUGAACAUCGACGAGCGAGAAGGUAACAUGGAGAAACGUUACAAAAGGACGAUCGAGGAUUCUAAGUUGAAGACUGGUUUGAAUUGCAACGACAAACAGAGUAACUUGGUGAAGACGGAUGUGCAGGGAGCUGGGAGCAAGAAAAUCAAAGAAACGGAAACGAAAUCAACGGAGAAGAACGGUCUUUUCGAGAAUUUGAUACCGUUCAAUUCCUCACUGCCUUGGUCUUUCGUAGAAUCUUGGAACAACAGUAACGCGAACGGGAAGUGCGCUUUCCAGAGCUUGCGUGGUACAAAGGAGGGUUACUUCAACGAUCCGGAAAGAACCUGCAAGCCUCCGGUCUCUAAAGAAUCGAAUCUCGUGAUAAAUCCUUUCAGACAACCCAGUCCUUUUCACGAAUCAAAUCCAGGCCCAUCGACGAAUAAUCGGUUCAAGCAAGAUUCCGCUUGCAUGGUGCAUCAGAGUCGUGCUAGGUCGUCGAACAAGUCGAAUCCGAAUGCGGUGUCACCUGGACAGGAAGCUCUAGAGUCGACCUUGGAUGGCGUCGCGAACAACAAAGGAAAACCCGGGAAGGAUUUGAGUCAAUUGAUAUCGAAAUUGUCGUUCCCAGAUGACAAAGACAAGUCGAAAGAGGAAGGAGGCUUCUUGGAUUGGUUUAGCAAGGUUCCUGGAAGAGUCCUAGGCGUCGCGCCAAGUAACGGCUAUGCAGAGAACAAGGUCAAAGCGACGAACCUGAAGAGCCAAGAGCAGCCAGGAAACGAAGUCAGAUUUAAGAAUUGCAAUUUGGAGUUGAGUCAGCAAGAGUUCGACGAGGUAUUGGCUGUUUUAAGAGCUAGAACUCCGUCGGGUCGUAAGAGGACCAGCGUCAGGACCGUCAAAAGGCGAGAUAGAUCGGACAAGUCGAUCGAGGACGGAUCAGAGAAGUCCACGAUAAAGUAUACGAAUUUGGAGAACAGCGAGUGCUCGACGAACAAUAUGGUCAAUCGUACGAAAGCUUGCAAAGGUUGUAGUCACAAAUUGUGUCGAAAGAAUGACCAACAAGCAUUACAAAAGACCAAUUUCAGCGAGAUUUAUGGCAAUAAAAAUAUUUACGAUCCGUCGCAGAAACGCGAGAAACUCGACGAUAAUGGAUCGGUCGAUGAGCUGCAGGCGAUCAAAUGCAAUAAUUCGGAGAAACGAACAAACGACACCAUGGACUGUUUACAAAACGUCUCGAACAAAGCGGACAUACUAUUGGGAGCAAUCUUACGAACUAGUAAAGAUCGAAGGAACCCCUCGGAGGUUCCUAGUGGGACCAAACCUAGGUCCGUGUUGCCAGCACUCGCCAAUCAAACGGAGAAGAACGAUCGUAACAAUCUAGGCUGCGAGAAGAUGUGUCAAGAGCAGAGAACCGUACCGUUGGAAGACGAGAAAUCUCUGCCAAUGGCAUUGAACAAGAGAUUCAAUCGGUUUCGGCAGCUGUUUAAGAAGGAACAAGAGAAGAAAGUGUUUUCGACCACGGAGGACAGUUCGCAGGAAACGAGUCAGCAGUUAGGUCAACGUUCGUUCUCGUACAACAACGUCCAGCCGAGCCUGCACGAUCCAAAGAAUCUGAGGGACAGUAAAGCGAAACGUAGGAUAGAUUUCUCGAAUUUCGCGGAAGAAACGGAGAAACGUGACGCGUGGCUCGAUCCUUCAGACCUUAGUACAAAUGGCGCACAUCAAAACUCAAAAACCUAUAGUACAAAUUACAAGGACGACCUCUGCGGCUAUUACGAGCACGAGUUAUCGAAAUGGCCCAACAGACUGCACAGUACAAACGAAGAAAACGACGAUACAGUCGAGCUCGAAGAAGAGGACGAUGGUAGCAACCUGUCGAAGCUACGCAAGGAUUCUGUUUCGACCGCAGGGAAGAACAACGGUUAUUUGUCUUCCAAGCUACGAAACGGCGUACAUGGAAAAGGUGAUUCGCUUUCGGACGAAGAGGAAACUCUUGAUAAAGCGGUGCCCACAGCCAUUGAGCAAGAAAGAUUCCGACGAUCGUUGGAGAAUGCAGCUUCGAUGGUGUUCCAUAGUAGGACCGGAUUGCCAUUGACUUCUAGCCCGGCACCAUUGAGAAGAGGCAGCUGUUGCUUCGAUUACGAUAGCAGUUUAAACUCGGUCUCCUCGAAGAGAAGUGCACUGUUCGAAUUGAACACUCCGCCAAGUCCAGGCGCGGUGUCGUUGGAAGAAACCGACAGAGAGACCGAGAAUGCUGGCGAAGGCGAGGAGACACCGAAAAGACGCUCCUCUUCUCGUAGUAGGCCGCAGAGUCAUGCCCUUUUAGGCAGCUUCGAGGAAUCAGCUUUAAACGGUAGACUCGAGCCCGUGUCCACGGUUCAUGGUUUCACGGCAGAGCUCGGGGCUAGUGGUUCCUUUUGUCCAAAACAUCGAAAGCUUCCAGUCACUGUGUUCUUCUACACUCUUGGUGACAACGAUAAAGUUUCUACGCCCUAUCUCGCACACAUUAAUUUGGGCAAAAAGGGCUACCAGGUACCAAGAAGCGGUACUAUACAAGUAACGCUUCUCAAUCCUUUGGGUACAGUCGUUAAGAUGUUCGUAGUACUAUACGAUCUUUCUGAUAUGCCGCCACGAUCUCAUACUUUUUUACGUCAGAGAACACUGCGGGACAAAACGCUACGCUACCUCGUACAUCUUAGAUUUAUGUCCGGUAAAUCAGGUCGGAUCUACUUGCACACGGACAUCCGUAUGAUUAUUUGUCGUAAGUCCGACGUCGACACAGCGUCGGAUUUCGGAUCAGAGCCACCAAAGGAACUCCGCAGCUACAUCCACGGUCCUACCAACCCGAAAUUCUCGCCAAGGUGCUGAGCCACGUGGCUCUUUCCAUGGGGUUGUUGUCAAUCGCUCCGUUCACCUAGUCCCCUUCGCGCAGAGGUUUAACGAAGAUGGAAACGAGUGGACGUUAAUCUUCAGAGUCUUUAAGCACGAUUCUUGCGAAGAAAGAAUACGUUUGAAACUGAGAUUCCAUUGAUUCUCGAUGCAAUAUUUAGAAAGAACGAAUUUUUACGAAGAAAUGAUCCUUUAUUCAAGAACGAUUGUCGAAAUGAAUUUAAUGGAAUACCUUUGUGGAAAUUGAAUAUGAAAAUGAACGUGAACCGAGAAAGAUUUUUCAAUGUCAAUAAGGUUAUCUUUUGCAAAUGCAUGAUCGUAUUUUAAGAGGAUUUUCGCGAAGAACAUUGAAGGGAGAUAUAAGUGAUCGGAGGAAUAAAGUUUGAAAAGAAAACAUUGUUUCUCUUGAAGGAAAUGUUUGAAAAGAGUAUUGAGAAAGGUACACUAAAGGGAACAUUGAAUAACUUCAUGUUUUGUUGUUUAGUUCUUGUUUUGUUUGAUUCAUCAGUGAUUUUUAAUCGUAUUACAAAGAACACGCACGUUAGCGUUAGCUUAUCCCCAUUGUUUCUUUGAAUUUUGUUUGGUUGUUGAUCAAAAUUGUUAAUCGAAGUAAAGUAUGUCCUUUCGUUUACUCGAUAUUUUUGAACGGGUGCGGUGUUUUAGUUUUCCGGCGUAGCUUUUGUGUAUAACGAAAGCUCGCGCCAGAAGAGUUCUUGUCUUUCAACUUUCGCGCGCUUGAACGUUUAUUUCAGUGACGCGUUUUUUAAAACAGGUUUCUAGCUUGCCAAACUUCGUGGAUUUAAAAGCUGGAAGAUCUCCUUUGGAAGGCCAUCUUUCUGUAUCUAUUGUUGUAAAUAUAAGAGUCACGUGUAAAGUCGAAUAAGAAUUUUUUUAACGGGAUGAUGAUAUUGUCAUGUGUGUGUAGUACACUAUGUUAUUAAAGAUAAAAAAAAAGCAUAAAGAAAAACGAAGGAAGUGAGAAGCGAUCCGAGAGCAUAGAAAAUAUCAAGAAUCGGGUCUCUCGUUGACACGAAAGAAUGAAGGAAUCCUGAAACUGUGUUGUACAAAACCACCCCCACACCCCCUCCAACAAAGAGAGAAAGAGAAAUAUGUGAUCUAGAAAAUCGUUUAAAGUGUAAUUUAAAAUAGAUACGAUUUAUCGAUUCGUUGAUAUUUUCAGAGAAGAAAGAAAAUUGAAAGACGAUGAGAAGAUGCAUCGUUUAUUUUAUUAAGAAAAUGAAAGGGAGAAAAAAAAUGGUAGGAACAUGCUUUCGUAUGAAAUGUUUGCGAUCAACGAGAUGGCUGGAUUACGCGACAUUUCCUGCUCGAAGUAAAGGAGAAAAAAAAGAAAAGAAACAAAAAAAGGAUCAUUAUUUACACGUAUAAAACAGAACACAAUUUUUUGUGUCCGUAGCACUGUGAUGAAUAUUUUGAUAGACUACAAAGAGUAAUUAUUAUAAAGUAUCUAUUUGAGUAGCGACUAUGUCCUAGAUUAUAAUUCAUAAUUGUACUAAUGUCGUAUGAGGAAUGUAAUCGAGCGUAAUUUACUAACCGUUCAAAUUACACGUAAAUUAUCCGCAGUCACCGUGAGGCGCUCCAUUAUAUUGUUGUCUCUUCGUAUCGAACGACGGUUCGUUUCCCUUAUUUUUCUACGCGCGUGAUAAAAACAAAAAACUGGCCCGAACAAUCUACUUGGAUUUCUUAGUUGAUCCGUAGUGUUUCAAGAUUUUCCGAUAUAAUAAAAGUUAGCCAUAGUCGCAAGAAAAGUAACUCGAAUUUUACCUGAACAAAGAUCUUUGCUUUCAGUGAUGUUGACCCUCGAAAGGUGGAGCUGAUUCUCUAUUGAACCAGACCAACGAAAGAUAUUUAACGGUACCUCGUAUAUUGAAAAAGUGACGGUCUAACAAAUUUCAAAAUCAAAUUCAUAAAUUGCUUCCGCUUUAGCAGCUUGCCAUUCGAAGGUUAAUUGAUCACACACAUUAAUUAGCAUAUGACUAGCAAAUUUCUGCUUCUUCUUUUAGUUAUUUUAAACUUGAUAAAUUUAGGUGAAUUUUUGAGGGUUCACUAUGUUCGCUUCUGAUAAAAUUGAUUUUGAUGGCGCAGGUGUUAUUUGACUUGCCAACAAAAUUUUGCCCUUCUAACGCGAUGUACUAUGAGAGAUGUGGAGUAUAUUGUAAACGAAACAUGCCAAGUUCGUAGCUAAGUAGACACGACGAGCACGUUGUUGUUCGAUCUGCGCCGAUAAUUUUACUCGAGUCGCACGAGACAUAGCUGAAACAAGUCAGAAUUAAUUCAUUGAUCGAAAAGGAAGAUGUUGUAAACAAUCGAUAGCAACACGAUUGUUUACGAACCUAUAUCGACUCUUUGACGGCUGAUAUUUUGCGUAAGGAAUCUUUGAUCCGCGUUGUUCUUUUAGUCUCUGCGUUUAUGUUAUUUGUGUGCAUAAUUUGGAAAUGAACGAUUUUGUAAUGUACGUAUAUUUGGUAAAUUUUUUAAGUAAAACCUUGAUGCCACUGUCUCUUGUACUUGUGAUACUCGUCACAUUUUACAUUAUCGUGUGCUAAUUAUGCUUUAUGUAUAUUAUUUUGUUGAUAAAAGAUUCUGUGAAAUGUGCAGUCGUCAAGGUGUUAAGCAGUUUCAACGUUGCAAAAUUUUUGUAGCACGUGUAUUGUACGGCAAGGAUAUGUAGAGUGUAUAAUCACUGCCAUGCUGUAUAUACAUUGUAGUAUAGGUGAACCGUUGAAUAAGAAUUUAAGGGAAUUUUAGCAAUAGUUGGUUGCCUGAAUGAAGAGAUCCCAUUGACCAGAAAACAAAAGGCAAAAGCAAAGAGCGAGAUCCGUGGAAAAAUUUCGGAUCAUUUUUAUUACAUUAUUUAAGUUAGUACAUCGAUAUGAUUCUUUUGUUCAAAGUCGAUAGAUCUGUCGGAUCUCGCUCGAGGAUCAUACACCAAUUCUAAUAGCGUAUUUUCCAAAGAUCACCGUAAAAAGAAAUCGCUUGAUAGCUUUAAAACUCUCCACGAUACGCGUGUAAUUAAUUUUCAUACGACGAAAAUCGAACAAGAAAACACGUGCAAUUCAAUAUUAGAGUUUCUUUUUGGAAAUUCGUGCCGAUACGAAGAUGAACGAGAUUGUAUUUUUGGAAUCUACAAUCGAGAUACACGAAUUGUAUUGUACACUAAACUUGUAGGACGCGCACUAAGAAACUUUAUUAUUGUGAUAAACUUUUAUCGGGUAUAGAGGUCCGUGUAUUGUCUUUGAAAUCGAACGCAUAUUCUUGUUGCUGGAAAAAAGGGAGACGAGUUAUAAUUCGAUGGUGCCAAACUCGAAACGAAGAAGAACAAUGAAGGGCUUUGGGAAAGGCUCAUGUAACGUACAUACACGUUUGGAAUUUAGUCCCAAAAUUAAUUCGAUCAAUAUUUUUUAAACAAUUUCAUUUAAUUUUUAACGAUUCGUUUUAACAUUCUACUCGCGGUUGUUUUCGAUUUCUUGUUUUAAAGAUUGAUAAAGUAGUUGUUCGACAGUAAUUCUGUUCGUUGUUUUUCAUGCUUCCCUAUCGUCCAUUGCUUCUGUUUCGAUACACUUGAAUCGGCUACAACCUGAUUUCUGUAAAUUGUCAUCGAUUGGUCAGACGUUAAGAUAGAACAGAGAAUCACGAUUCUGUAAUAACGUUGUCCAAUCGACGAUAAUUAUAUGCCAACACCUGUCAAUGUUUAGCUAUGGCUACUGAACGUUUUGUUGAAUCACCUGGGCACACUUGAUAAACGUCAGGCAUGUACAUAAGGUAGCGUUAUUUUACAAACGAAAAUUAUCGUUAUCGCUAUAUAACACGUACUUUUUAUUAUUUAGCGAGCAAAGCGUGCGGUAAAAGAGAAAAGGAACAAUUUGUCGAACGAUUCAAUACUUAUAUGGGUACGCGCAUGGCCAAACGUAAUAAAAAUACAGCAAUGCGUUAAUAAAUACUAGUGUAUGUUUAAUUGA